CUUCUCUGCUCUUCACAGAGCACUUAAGUCUGGGUUCUCCUCAGGACACACAUUGGACAGAUCAGGCUCCUCAGACCUCCAAGAUGCCCACCCCUGCCUCCUGGCCCCACCCUCCACCUUCCCUGCUGCUGGCACUACUACUGGGACUCACAGGAGUGGCGGCUCAGGAGCUGCAGGUGAUUCAGCCUGAGACAUCAGUGUCGGUCGCAGCUGGAGAGACGGCCACUCUGCGCUGCACCAUGACCUCUCUGCUCCCCGUGGGGCCCAUCACGUGGUUCAGGGGCACAGGGCCAGGCCGGGAGUUAAUCUAUGAUUACAAAGGAGGCCACUUCCCCCGAGUAACAAAUGUUUCAGACGCCACAAGGAGAGACAACCUGGACUUUUCCAUCCGCAUCAGUAACAUCACCCCGGCAGACGCCGGUGCCUACUACUGUGUGAAGUUCCAGAGAGGAAGCCCUGGUAACGUGGAGUAUAAGUCUGGACCAGGCACUCGGCUCACUGUGAGUGCCAGACCCUCUCCUCCCGUGGUAUCAGGCCCCGCCACAAGGGCCUCACCUGAGCAGACGGUGAGCUUCACCUGCAGAUCCCACGGCUUCUCCCCCAGAACCAUCUCCCUGAAAUGGUUCAAAAAUGGGAAUGAGAUCACAGCCUCCCAGACCAGCGUGGACCCAGAAGGAGAUAGCGUUUCCUACAGCGUCUCCAGCACAGCCAAGGUGGUGCUGGCCUCGGGGGAUGUUCGCUCCCAGGUCAUCUGCGAGGUGGCCCACACCACCCUGCAGGGGGGCCCUCCUCUCCGUGGGACUGCCUACUUGUCUGAGACCAUCCGAGUUCCGCCCACCUUGGAGGUCACCCAACAGCCCAUGGCAGGGACCCAGGUGAACGUCACCUGCCAGGCGAAGCAGUUCUACCCCCGAGACCUCCAGCUGAGCUGGGUGGAGAAUGGAAACAUGUCCCGGAUAGAAACAGCAUCGACCCUCACGAAGAACAAGGAUGGGACCUUUAACCGGAUGAGCUGGCUCCUGGUGAACUCGUCCGCCCACAGAGGGGAGGUGCUGUCCUGCCGGGUGGAGCACGACGGGCAGCCGGCGGUCAGCGCCAACCUCACCCUGGAGGCCUCUGCUCCCCAGAAGGACCAGGACACACAUGAACACCCUGGCCCAGAGCUGACUUCUUCUCUGCUGGUAGUUCUGCUCCUAGGCCACAAAGUGCUGCUGGUGCUCGGUGUCUCUGUCAUCUUUGUCCACAGGAAGCAUUGCGUCUGACUGGUACCACCCUCAGUCUCUGCUGCCUGCUUCCCUCCCUGUGGGGCCCAGCCUAGGAGAAAACCCAGCUGGAAGCUUCCACGACUCUGCUCCAAAUGUCUCUCCUCCAUGGAGACCAGCCUGCCCCCACACUCCCAAGAUCUUCUCACACUCCUCGAGGCUCCCAGAGCUGCAUCUUCAUACAUCACUCUGAGCAGGAAGGACCUCCCCCAACCUGGACUCCCCACCAUUUGAGAUUCUCUUUCACCGCUUAAGUACAAAUGAUUCGCCAUCAUGGUUUUAAGAAGAACAGUUAUUCUCUUUCCUCGUUGCCUAAAUGUCCUACCCCUCAAACCCUGAAGGUAGUGUUGCCUCCUGUCUCUGUGAUGGAACCAGAACUUCCAUCCUCCUGCGUCCUUCCCGACCCUUCUCUCACAGUAAAUAGACUGUGUCCAGAA